GGCCAAUAGAGGAUUAAAUAUCCCUUUCUUUAUUAUUUGCGCUGUUUUCAACACAUAUAACUUUAAAGAAUGGAAGAUUAUUCACAAAAAAUGGUGCUCCUCCGCGAGCUAUAUGAUAAGAUUAAAAAUGGCGAAGAUGUUCAAGAAGCCGAUUAUACCAGGGUCGGUCUUAAGAAUAAGGCUCGUCUUAAAGACAUUGAAAAGGAAAUUAGUAACAACAAAAGGAAGGUAUCCCGUAGUAUUAAACUAGAAAUGGCUCAACAGGAAGAAAUUGAGUUAAUGGAAGUUGCCAAGCGGGAAAAUUUGACGAUAGAGGAACUUAAGGAGCAGCUUGCUGAAAAGGAACGUAAUUCUGAUUUCAGUUGUAACGAUAGGGCCCUUCGUCAUAAAGAAAACAGCAAGAAGAUCGCUGAGGCACGAAAUAAUAAGACCAAACAGUAUGGGGCGGCCAUAGGUGAAUACGAUCUUUAUGUCGAGUACGUUUAACAUAAAGACGAUAUUUUUUGAUGUGAAUUCUAACCUUACCAUAUUUACUAAUAAUAUUGCCCUCCUAAUGUUAGUAAUACAUAACCUUUUUAAUGAUAGUUGAACUCUGAUGGUGCUGUCCUUAUAUGAAUAUAAAACAAUUAAUUACAUUGUCAAAGCUAACCGUAUAAAUAUCUAAA